CCAAUUUUACUUAGAGGAAAAAAUUUGGAGAAUAUGUAACAUGAACACGCGUCAAUCUAUGGUUGGCUGUUCGGAAGGGAAUUUUACUGCCCGCCAAACACUAUAAUUUUAAAAGAAAAAUGCACCACAGUCCCGCGUUGUACGAUUGGAAGGAGGUGAAAUUACCGUAAAGGCCAAGCUUCCACGCGAAGCUUUUCAGAGAAGCUUACUAGCCAAGGACCCAAGAGGCAGCGUUCUUUGGGCGUUUCUGUCAUUGAUUGUUCACAUUUUCUUCGUACUCAUACCUUUCUCACAGCAAUCGCAAUGUUUCUGUUGCGAUCUCUGUGAGCUUUCAGUUUCUCGAAAUCUGUUUGGCUGUAGAGAAAAGGCGGGAAAGUUAAAGAAGCUGGAGUUGUUUUACUCGCUGGGUUUUUGCUGUUUGGAAGCGGAGAAAAUGCAAUCCUGAGGUCGACUGGACUUGAUACAACUAAUUGGCUUAGCCGAGCAACCAAACGGAGUGUUGAUUUGCUUCUGUGAUUGCUUGGUUUCGAAGAAAGAGAUGGAGUGGAACAUUGAGAACUCCCCUGAUCGUGGCCUUCCCACUAAUAGCGGUGAUAUAAAGUAUCUCUCUGGGCUUAGCACUAUAUUGGUUGCCACCAUUCAAGAGGCAAAGGACAGGAUUUCACAAGUAGAAUAUAUUUUCUGCACCCAGCUCUUUCCAAAUAUCCAGUCGAAAUUUAAGAUUUAUUCUGAGGCAAUAAAGACAGUAGAAGAUGCAUGGAAAAAGAAAGAAAAUGAUCUUCUUCUCCAAAUAGAAAGCCUUAAGCUUGAAAAGCAGCAAGCCCUUGGAGAAAAUCAAUCUCUCAAGCUGGAGAAGGCAACAUUGUUGGAAGAGAAGGAAGAAAAAACAAAUCCACUUCUAACCAAACUACAAAGUUUAGAGAAGGAAGUUGGUGUUCUAAAACGGGAGCUCUUGCAGAAGUCUAAGGAAGUUGACGAGGGAAUGGAAUUGCAGAAUAAACUAAUUCAAUUGAUUGAGAAAAAAUCUUCUGCAAUAGUGACCAAGGGAAAGCAAUUGAAAGAGCAAGAAGAAAAGAAAAGUGAAGUUGUUGCCAAACUACAAAGUUUGGAAAAGAAAGUUGAUGAGCUACAACAGAAGCUUAAAGAAAAGACUGAAGAAAUAGUCAAGGGAAAGGAGUUGCAGGAAAAUUUAUUCAAAAAAAUUGAAUCUCAAGACUCAAAGAUGAUGAGUAAUGAAUUUCUGUUGAAUGAUCGUGAAAAAGAGAUGAAACUACUUAUUGAUCAAAUUAAACAUCUGAAGAAGAAUGCAGAUGAGCUCCAAACGGAGCUCCAGAAAAGAAAUGAAGAAGUGGAGGAGGGAAGAAAAUUGCAAGAACAUUUGCUCAAGCAGAUUGAUUUGAAUGGUCUGAAUACGCUGAAGAAUGAACAACAGUUGGAGGAGCAUGAGAAAAAGGAAAAAAUGCUUCUAACCAAAAUUAAGGGUCUAGAAGAGAGGGUUAACGAGCUCCAGGUGGAGGUUAAUGGGAAGAGUAAUGAGGUGACUGAUGGAGGGGAGUGGCAUCAAAAUUUCCUCCAACAGAUUGAAUUGAAAUCUUCUGAGUUGCUGUCUGAGAAGAAGAAAAGAAGAGAUGUUGUUGCUGCUUAUAAAAAGCUGAAAUCUCAAUACAACUUUCUUUCCUCAAAGCUUGGUCUUACUACAGAAAAUGUGCUCACACCAGUCAAAAUAGAAGAGGAAAAUGAUUCUUUGAUGCAUCAUGUAAAUCCACUAAAUUCACCUGGUCCUGAGAAUACUAUUCCAGAAACUUCUGCUGCAGCUUGUGAAGCAAAUAAACAAAAGAAUGUGGUCAGUUUCCCAGAAAACUUGGAUAGUGUCAAAAGAGUUGGUUUAAUUCAAAGCUCAAGUUGCCAGUCCCCUUCUAGUUCUGGUUCCGCUGGAGCAUCAAAAUGCACCACCAACUUGAAUUCUAGCUCACUGGCUGGCACAAAGAGACCUUCGUCUUCUUGGAGAGAUACCAGGUCCCGUCAAUGCCAAGGUGGGGCUGACCCACAUGAUGAUUUUCUUGAUACUCCCUUGGAGAAUAUUAAAGGGAAUUUAAACAAGGCCAAGAAGGAAGAAUAUCAUGAUCUUCCAGUCGCCAUUCCAAAAGACAUGAAUUUUGAUAGCUCAGAUGAUGAAACGCAGGAUGUGAAUGUAGAACCCAGCCAACAAAAGCAGCCCAUGCCUGCACCCAAGCCUGGUACGAGAGUUUUUAAGUAUGUGGAACCAGUAAGAACCAAAGCAGAACGGGAAAAUUUGCAAGGAAUUGAAUGCAAACAAUGCAAGAAAUUCUAUGAUGCUGUUCUUCCUAAAGAUGGAAAUAAGGACACUGAUGGCAAUAAGCGGAAUUUUCGCUGUGAGCAUCAUGAGGGAGUUUCUAGGCAUCGGUAUAGGUAUGUCCCUCCAAUGACUCCAGAAGGAUUUUGGAAUAUUGGAUUUGAUUCUGAAAUGUGAAUUUUUGAGCUACAACAGAUUUAUUUGAACUAUAGCAGAAUUUGAUAUUUAAUUCUAUUAUUUGCUGCUUUGUGGUCUUAA